CAAUAGAAUAUGGUGGCCGUGACAUAGUAUUCACACCAUAUGGAUCCGAGUGGAGAAUGCUGAGGAAGGUCUGUGUUCGUGACAUGCUCGGAAGCUCGACUCUAGAUGCUGUUUACACCCUCCGACGACAAGAAAUCAGAAAAACUAUUGGAUUCUUGUACUGGCAGGCGGGGCAGCCGGUUAAUAUUGGUGAGCAGAUGUUCUUGACUGUGCUCAAUGUGAUAACAAGCAUGUUAUGGGGUGGUACAGUUCAGGAGAAAGAGAGUUCUAGAAUCGGAGCAGAGUUCUGGCAGGUGGUUGGGGAGGUUACUGGGCUGUUGGGGAAGCCUAAUGUGUCGGAUUUCUUUCCCGGAUUGGCCUGGCUUGAUAUGCAAGGCAUAAGGAAGCAGAUGAAGGGACUGGCCCAGAGGAGAUUCGAAAACUCCAUUGACCAUGAUCCACCUCAAAGCUUUGCUAAUGGAAUAGCAAUGGCCGAGAGGAUGGUGAUGUUUUCGCUUGCUUCGCUACUACAUUCUUUCGACUGGAAACUGCCGGAGGAAGAGAAGUUAGAAGUUUCAGAGAAGUUUGGCAUUGUGUUGAAGAAGAAGACACCUCUUAUCGCAAUACCAACACCAGUGUUAUCCAAUCCAGGGCUUUUUAAAUGGGCUUAA